CACUCCCGCGGUGGGCGGGCUCCCGUCGUCGCGUCCGGGCUGCGUUUGCGGCCGGCGCCGGUCGGCGGUACGGAGCCGCGGCCCGGCUUCGCUCCCCGCGCCGCCAUGGGGGUGCUGCUCUGGCUGAUGGUGCAGCUCGGCGCGGGCUCCGCGGCGUUUGUGGUGUACGUGGAUGUCCGGCGAGCCGAGCGGCCCCUGAGCCACUUUUGGAGGAGUACAGGCUUUUGCCCUCCUUUACCUCACAGCUCUGCUGACCUAUUUGACCUAAGCAAAGAUCAAGAGAUGAACCUUGCAUACAUUUCUUCUGUUCCUCAUGAUGGCAUUGAACAAGUUCGAAUUCACUGGUUACUGGAAUUGAUUACUGUCAGAAUGAUGAAUGAGAAACUUUACUACAAUUUUACUGCCUUGGAUAACCUUAUGGAUCGUCUGUGGGAAAAUAAGCUUACUCCAGGAUUUGAACUGAUGGGCAAUCCAUCAGGAUAUUUUCUAAAUUUUGAAGAUAAAGAGCAAGUAGUAAGAUGGAGAAACUUAGUUACACUUCUGGCCAGCAGAUAUAUAGAUAGAUACGGAUUGGAGCAUGUUGCUAAAUGGAAUUUUGAAACUUGGAAUGAACCAGAUCACCAUGACUUCGACAAUGUGUCUAUGACAGUGAAAGGGUUUCUCAACUAUUAUGAUGCCUGCUCAGAAGGAUUAAGAGCAGCUAGUAGUCUACUAAAAUUUGGAGGACCUGGGGACUCCUUCCACCCCUUUCCCAAGUCACCCAUAUGCUGGAGUCUUCUGUCUCAUUGCUACAAUGGAACCAACUUUUUCACAGGAGAGACUGGUGUAAGGUUGGACUACAUCUCUCUUCAUAAGAAGGGAGGUGGGCGUUCUCUCUACAUCUUGCAACAAGAAGUGGAAGCAGUUGAACAAAUACAGAAGUUAUUUCCAAAUUUUGCUUCCAUUCCCAUAUACAACGAUGAAGCAGAUCCAAUUGUUGGAUGGUCUAUUCCACAACUGUGGCGAGCUGACGUGACAUAUGCAGCUAUGGUUGUAAAGGUAAUCAUCCAGCAUCAAAACUUACUGAUUUCCAAAGCCAACAACACCAUUAACUAUACACUGUUGAGUAAUGACAAUGCCUUCAUGAGCUACUACCCCCAUUACUUCACACAGCGGACUCUGACAGCACGUUUUCAGAUGAACAAUACAAAGCCACCUCACGUCCAGAUGGUGCGGAAACCAGUGCUGACUGUCAUGGGCUUGCUGGCACUGCUAGGAGAAAAGCAGAUUUUUGCAGAAGUAAACAGCGGUGAAGGUGAAAGCACUGAAAACAGCACCUUUGGUGUCCUGGCAUCUGUGCACACCCCAAGUGAGCUUCAGCCCUCAGACAGUUGGCAAGCUACUCUGCUGAUGUAUUCAAGUGAGGAUAACAGGACUUCAUCCAAUGUCAGCACCAUCACAGUGAACGCCACCCACUUCCCCAAACUUAGAGAGCCAGUGUAUGUGAUGUAUUACCUGGACAACAACCAAACCAAUCCCUAUCUGAAUUGGAAAAAAGUAGGAAGCCCUGACUUUCCUUCCCCAGAACAGUUCCAGCAAAUAAGGGACGCUGAGGACCCAGUGGUAACAGGUCCCUUGCCUUUUCCUGAAAGUGGCACCUUGACACUGAAGCAAGACUUCCCUAUUCCAUCAGUCUUUUUGAUCCACAUCUGUUCAAGACCCAGUUCAGUUCCUGAUCAAGUGACCGGUGUUCGUUUCAUCCCUCUCACAAAGGGACAGGUUAUUGUGCUGUGGGACGAUGGCUGUGUAAAUUCAAAGUGUAUAAAGACAUUUGAAGUUGAGUUCUCACCAAAUGGAAAAGUCUACAACCGUAUUAAUGCCAAAGACACGAUAUUCACUCUGUAUGUCUACAGUCCAGGAAGCUCAGUCUCCGGCUUUUACAGGGUGCAUGCCAUUGACUACUGGGGAAAGGCAGGCCUGUCCUCUGUUCCUGUGGAGUAUGUUGAAGCUCUCAAGUGACUCUGAAGAGU